AUGACGAACUCACGGCUGAGAGCGAUCAAUGACCAGAGACCGCGAGGUACCAUGGGCACUGGGCUAUCUACUCAGACUAUGAGUCAGAACGACAAAUCCCGAGACGAACGAUCGAGCAAACGUAUAAAGAAAUCGGGUCCCGAAUCCUCAUGCGCCAUCGCACCCCGCUUUGUCACAAAUGCACGUCUAUCAUCCUUGGAAGCAAUCGAAGACGAGGAAGGGGCGAGUUUUAAGCGCAAGCUGUCACUGAUGCAACAUCGCUUCAGUCGAGAAGGAUCUCAGGCAGACACUGUUGACGGCUCUAGUGUCACCAGCAACAGCAGAGUUCCAGCAACGAGCACCAGCGUACAAGAAUACCGCAACGUGCAAAGUGGUAGGCGCCAUGGUGGAAGACGUUCUGGGCGCAGACGGCAUGGUGCUCACAAUACCCGUUCAUCGCCUCUCGAGAUUGACGACGAUGUGAGUGUCGUUGCGCACCGAAACCUCCCUCCUCAAUUAUCGCAUGCACCCAUGAGCCCGGACUGUUUAUCUAUGAGCAUCGACAACGGCAACGAUCCCCCGCCCGCUGACAUUACAUCGGAUAUUCCCCCUCAAUCGAAGCGGUCCGCGGCAGAGUAUGCUCAGAGUGCAGCAAAGAGAUACAAAGUGCAUAGCACUGGUUCUGAGGACGAGCUGUCAAGGCCUGGCACUGCUUCCGGUAGAGAGACUGCUGAAAAGUCCACCAUCAGUGGAAGAUCAGCAUUGCAGCCUCCUCCGUCACGAACUCAAAGAGGGGAUAUCAAACCGACCAAUUUUGAACCAGCGACAAAAAUUACUACCGACCUUCAAAGUUCGGCGAUGCAUGGCCCAAAUGAAGAACAACUUGCUGUGAGAGCUGCUACCUCUGGAAAGUGCGUAUACGCCACUAAGAGCGCUGAUGCGUGCGUCAACCUACGUCUUGAUUCCGACGUAGCUCGCCCAUCCAUUCUAUCUCAUCAAGGACAAGAUCUCUCAUGGCUCGAAAUUUCAAAACAGUCGAUUCUCAGAAUAAAACACAGCAACUCCCAAAGUCCCAUAGUCGCUCUCUCUCGCUCAGUCAUUGGUCAAGCCGGGGGCAAAGUUUUGUUGAAGUUCAAUACCAUUAAAGACGCCUCUCACUUUAUCCAUUGGCUACAAGGGAGCCGAGGUCUGGAACAAGUUACCCAGGACUCGCUAGAAGCCAUGUUCUCGAAGGCUAUGGCAGAUGCCAAAGCAUUUGCAGCCAAUUCGAAGGAUUCUUCGGGCCCGAUCUCACCAAAAAUCACUUUCACAGCGCAAACACCCAGCAGAUCACUGUCCCGAACCUCGCCACGAGACCCUUUCAAGGGAGAGCCCAUAUCGCCUCGGCGACCAAAACUUAAAGACAGGAUGCAGGGUCUGCCUGUACCAAAGGAAGAUGCGCAGAUGAAAUCAGAGGAUGUCGAAGAUCCAUUCGUGGAGUUAAAUCAGAGGCGCAGACCUGAGACCCGACAAACGAGAAGAUCCUCCCUAGAACCACGCCGUGAAAGGAGUCCUGUAACAUGGACGGCUCAGAACCCAGGUUGGGACAAGGACUGGCACAAGACCUUGGUAUACCCCCCAAUUGGAAGGAACCGUGCAAGUGUCGACAAAGAGGAUAUUCUGCGGCUGAACGAGGGUGAGUUCCUCAACGACAACCUUAUCAGUUUCUAUCUCUGCUACUUGCAGGUCCAACUCGAGAAAGAGAGACCAGAAAUCUUGAAAAGGGUAUAUAUCUUCAACACUUUCUUCUUCGAAAAGCUGAGGUCGAAUCGCGCCAAGAUCAAUUACUCGGGCGUCAAAGCAUGGACUGCUAGAGUUGAUCUUCUUUCUUAUGACUACAUUGUUGUACCAGUCAACGAGAACGCACAUUGGUACUUGGCAAUCAUAUAUAAUGCCCCUCGCCUCUUACCUAUAGAGGCAAAAGCAGAGACACCCAAAACGGAUGUAUCUCCAAACACCCAGGAGGCAAUCAUUGUUGAAGAUAACGACCCGGCAGUGAGCACUGCAGAAGAUGCUUCCGUCGAGCAAACACCUGUGUCGUCCUUAAAUUUAGAAGCUUCUAGGUCAACAAGAAGCCAGGCAGUGAAUGGCGACGGGGUUGUGCUAUUGGAUGAUGAUACUGUUACCAAUGCUGAAGCUCCCACAAAAACGAACAAGCGAAAGUCGACAGGAGGGAAUCAGAAGUACAGUACCGACGAGCCCAGGAUCAUCACUCUUGACUCUUUGGGUGCUUCGCACGCACCAACCUGCAAGGUUUUACGAGACUAUCUCAUCGAGGAAGCGAAGGACAAAAAAGGGCUCACUAUCACGGAAACGCCUGGGGGCAUGACUGCGCGGGGCAUACCUGAACAGGACAAUUAUUGCGAUUGUGGUGUAUACGUCCUGGGUUACAUGGAAAAUUUUCUGAGAAAUCCAGAUGACGCUGUCCGGAGGCUCCUUCAUAAAGAACCUAGUGGAUGGGUUGUCAAACCCCAAGAAAUCCGCGCCAAGGUGAGAGACCUCCUCUUCGAAUUUCAGAAAGAGCAGCAUUCGCGCUUAGGAAAAGAAAAGGAGUUGAAGAGACAACGACGGGCGUCUAAGGGGCCUGUAUCAUCACCACAGGUAGCCCCGUCCUCACCUCAAGUCCCCCAGAAAGAUCCGGAGACGCCACGGCCUAAAAGUAAUCCCAAGAGCGGAUUGGAGAAUAGCACUGGUCGUGCCCCCAGUGAAGAAGGCCAUAAAACAGGUACCACCUCAGCGUACUUUGCGCUUGCUCCACCAGAGAAACCAGUUCAACCACAAACUCCCAUCAGAAAUGAAGAUCCAACCUUCGUCCAACCUUUAAGAGAGGAUUCGAGCAACGAGUCUAAGGCCUCUAGCUCAGGAGAGGUGUUUCAUUCAGCACGUUCAUCCCCAGUCGAUACUGCGCAACAAGUCCUUCCUGAUUUAGCCACUGAAGGACAUACCCCACGUAGCGAACGAAGAGGACCGAAGCAGCCCUCAACACCCAAUUUUGUCCAGAGAUUAUCGCAAUCGUCGGAUGAGGCAGGCCCAGUAGCCACCUCUUCCACUGUCAAGAAAAACAGUUCGCCAUCACUGAGUUUGGCCACAAGGCAAAAGACGCCACUGCCAGCUCAGCGUAAUCGGGGUGGUCUUGGUCAACCAAGGGUUAUUAAGAGCAUUGAGGACAAUAAACCCUCCCCCAAAGGACCCCGGUAUGAGGGUGUUGAGCGAACAAUUGACUUGACGGGUUGA